UGUUACCUUGGUGGUUGAAGAAACCGUGGCGGUGCAAUCUGUGGAAAUGGUAAAUAUGGCCUUUACACCUAGUGGAGACGAGGUCGAUUUGAGAAAAUCUCUACUUGGGUCAUCCAAACUGUGGAUGGGCAAAGAUUACGCGAAUUUCAUCGUGAAGGACUUUUCAAAUCUCGAUUCACCGUACAAAGACUUGGUGGAUAGAACGACAACACCUCGAAUGCCUUGGCAUGACAUUGCGACGAUGGUUCAAGGAAAAGCUGCCCGGGAUGUUGCCCGGCAUUUUAUUCAACGGUGGAAUGCUGCGAAGAUCGAAAAGUUCUCCAAGAAUGACGAGUAUCCUUUCUUGCUCCCGAAAAGUUAUGACAACCUUGGAGACGAGCCAAUUAGUAUUCCGAAACUCAAAGCUCCUGUCUUCAACGUGAAAUGCCAGGUCCUUAGAAGUGCGUCUGAAUGGAGCGUUGGUGUAGAACUCGAAGAGCAGAGUAUACACGAAGCUUAUCGAGCAACCAUUUUGAAUGCCAAGCAUUACAUAUACGUCGAGAACCAGUUUUUCGUUUCAACUGGNGAAGCUUAUCGAGCAACCAUUUUGAAUGCCAAGCAUUACAUAUACGUCGAGAACCAGUUUUUCGUUUCAACUGGGACUGGAGCUUCCCCAGGAACGGAAAAUCUGAUCGCUGAAUCAAUUUUCGAAAGAGUUUGGAAAGCGUUCAAGGAUGGAGAAGAAUUUAGAGUUUUCGUCGUUAUGCCGUUGUUGCCGGGCUUUGAGGGACAAGUCGGCACACCGGGAGGAACUGCGAUUCAGGUUUGCGUCAUCCGUUUC